AUGCCGUCCAGUGAUCCAACAUCGCUCCUGGCCGUUCUCUUCGUCACCAACUCUUCCUCCGGCACAAACCUCGUCUACCACUAUCCUCCCCGCCCCGAAGUCGUCGCGAGGUCCUUCACGCGUUCGAAGUCUUCCUCGACUACGAGUUCGAGUACGAGCUCGAGCUCAGAUGAAGGCGAUGCAAGUGAUUCAGAUAAUGGGCCAUGGGAUACGGUUCUGGGUUUCGAUUCUUAUCUGUUGGCGGAUCUGUUAAGUCCGCUGAGUGUUAUGUGUGAUACGAAGUUCGAGUUGGCGCUGGAUGAGUUGAUUUUUUUGGGACAUCCGUGCCAUGUGCGGCCGGAUGGGACUUGGAGUCGGAAGAAGCAUAAGAAGAAGGAGAAGGGCAAGCCGGAGACGAUACACGAGGAACAGAGUGAUGAUGAGAAGAAGGUUGGUGGGUUGCUGAUGUUCCAUUUGGUUUUCGUCAUGAAUUCUUUAAUUACGACAAAUGAGACGGAAACGAGAGCGGCGGUAUCGGAUAUGUACGAUCAUAUCGUGACAAAGAUGACGAGUGCCUUGAAGUUCGAACAGGCAAGAUGUGGAUACGUCGCACGCGAAUCGGAGAAGAUCAUGAGCCUACGAGAAAAGGCGACGUCGACGGAGACCUCGUACAAUGACCUCUGGCAGCAAAUCGUACGGGCGAGCAAUCUUGCAGCAACGAUGGCGAGUAUAUUCGACAGUAUCGCCGCACAUUCUGUCGCGCAUAUCAACGUCAACUCGGCGAUCGACCUAUGCCUACAAAUCCCGCUGGUCAUAUACUCGCCCCACCUUCCCGUCGACCCUGAUUCAUACUCGAUCAAUGCGCCGUUGUUGACGACGAGUACACUCGCGCUUACGUUCCACGGUUCGAUCCAGGAUCACUUGGACGUUGAGGAGAGUGUCGAUCCACUCAUCACCCCCCACUUCGGACUCCUCCUCGUCGACGAACCACAAAAGAUCUUACAGGAUUUGCCGCCGGCGGAUUCGAAUAGUGUAUUGGCACAAUUCGUCAAAAACGUCAAACCGACCCAAAGUUUCCUGCAAGUCGCUACGGGAAUGGGCGUACCCGUGAGAGAUGUCGUCGUUCUCGCCGGCCACCUCUGCCGCUGGCGAAGAGGGCGGGUGGUAGUCCCCCUCCACCCCCGCAACAUCUACAUCGUCUCCCCCACCGCCAAUAUGCGCAAACUAGCCGCGCACAUCCCACUCUUCAAACGGCUUUUUCCUACCCUCCCUUCCCUUCCCUACUUGUUGGCGCUUUUCUCGGGGAAACCGAGACCGUACUCGACGUUUAUUCCGACGAGGGAUCAUAGGGGGAUUUAUUUGGAGGUGCUGACGUGGCUUGUUAGGGAGAAUUGGGUGUGUGAGUUGAAGAAUUUUGUGUGGGUUAAGGUUGGGGCGGAGGUUAAGAGGGCGGUGAGGGAGCAGAUGAGGAGGGCUGCGAGGGAAGCCAAGGAUGCUAAGAAUAAGUCGGAAGCAGCAGAAGUUGAGGACUCCAUCAUCCCCGACCCCGCCCGCGCAACCUCCCUCGAACGCGCCUGGCUCGAAUACAUCGCCUCCACAAAACCUCCCGAGAUCGCAGCCCUCUUCGACCGAAUCGUCAAGUAUUUUAAUGGGAAACAUGCGGUGGAGAAGGUUGCGCUUAGGGAGGGGAUCACGCGGAGGGAGGUUAGGAGGGUGUUGGCGGGGAUGGAGGGGGAUAUGGUUGUUGUUAUGCAUUGGUAGGUUUAAGGGAGGGUGGUGGGGUGACGAUGGUAGAAAUGAUACCCGUGAUAUAACCGAAAUGCAAUCUAAACUCCGUUGAACGCCAUCAAUGCCAUGAGACUUCCUGUUCAUGCUUCACUUUUCCGACUCGAUGAAAGUGGAAAUCACUCGUCAACAAGAUGUAGAGCGUUUCGUAUAGGUUCGGGCCAUUGUAGUUUUACGAAUGAGAGUUUGUGAGUUGCUUUGCCGAGAACCAAAGCGAGGGGUAUCGGUCCC